AUGAGGUUCAAGGCUCACUUUCUGUUGGUCAUUUCUGGUGUAAGCCAGCUAGUCUCUGUGAACGCUGCAUCCUGUAACGAUACGAAUGAUGCCUCAGCCUUACUGGAAAGAGUCAUUGACUCAAUCGGAGGACCGAAGGCUCUAACAGAAGUUCAAAGACUGGUGUUCAAAGUUGAAGGCAUCUACCGCUCACAAACCCUGACCCAAAACUACAACCUCUACCACUCCGAUCAAUCCGUCGCCGAGGCAGGCUCGGAGACACUCUCCUUUGACUUCUCGUCAGAUCUCCGCGCUCGCCUCGACCGAUAUUACCGAUACAAUGACUAUUGGAUCUGGGCACAACCGGGCCUAGAGCCGUCCAUGAACUACAGCAUCGUUCUCAAAGAUGGCGAGGACGGAUAUGCUUGCUUUACCGAGAGGCAAAACUCCUUCUUCGUCAACGAUCCGACCCAGACGCUGGGCUAUGCGGAUUCGUUCCUCGCGGAUUAUUUGGUCCAUCAAGCGAAGCAAUUUGCACUUCCCUGGUUGCUGCAGCAGAUGACUCUAUCGGCGUCUCGCCUUCGGGCAUGCGACACGAUCGAACCACUUACUAAGAAUCGCUUCACCGUUCUGGAAUUGGACAACCUUGGGCUCAGUCUCAUCGUGAAUGCAACGAGUCAUCGACCUUACAAGAUACGCUCUCUGGAAACACACGCAACGUAUGGCAAUGUCACAAACGACUUGCUUCUAUCGAAUUACUCCACUGUCGCCUUUGACAACAACCCCGACCUCAAGCUUCAACUGCCCCAUCGCCUGCAAACAAUCUUCAACUCCAGCGACGUUCUCGAAGAUGUCAAGCUGGACAGCAUCUCAGUCAAUUCACCGAUUAAGGCCGGUUUCUUCGACCCCGACUUACCAGCUCAAGACACUUCCUCUCCUCAGGCACCCAAACAAAGCUCCCUCUACCCUCGCUCCGAAGUCCACGAAUUCUUCGAAGCCGGUCUCUGGGGUGGUCCGUUCGAGGCCUUCUUCAACACCUCCGACGUUGUCGUCACGCAUCCAAUCCCUGACAUUCCCCAGAUCAUGGCCGUUUACGUCGGUUACGCAGACUACGUGCAGCUUGUCCUCAAUUUCACCGACGGCGUCCUGAUUACCGAUGCGGCGCCUCACCGGUCUCGGAUCCUAAUUCAAUGGGUCAAAGAAACGCUUAACAAGACCGUUACGCACAUUGUUCCAAGCCAUCACCAUCGCGACCAUGCCGGAGGUGUGCCAGACUAUGUCAAGGCUGGGGCAACACUCGUCGUCCCUGAGGUGGCCAAGAGAUUCUACGCUUCAGUCAACAACGGCAACGUCAGAUUUGCCACAUACAGCGAGAGCAAGCCGUUUGUCUUGAAGGAUGAAAACAUCCAAUUCCGUUCCCUGUGGAGAGAUGAGAGUCCCCACGCGCGAGACUGGUCGUACGGCAUCGCAACAUUGGCAUGUCCGACAGGAGACGAGGGCGUCGUCGCCUUCGUGGCAGAUGUAUGGAGCCCUGAUCCAGACGAUUGCGGUAUGGGAGAUGCCGUGCGAUUCGACAUUGGAUAUGCGAGACAGUGGCUGGAUGCAGCUGUGGAGGACGGGCUACCGAGAGGGACGGUCGUGGUGGGAGCGCACGGGGGGAAUACCACGAUUGACAUGCUGGAGAGUCUGAUUGCCAUCACUGGGUAUGAGUAUCCUGACCUGGGGGCAAAAGACUGGAAGGCUGGUGGUGCACUUUGCGAGCAUCAUAGGUCGUGA